AUGCCAGACUCAGCACCCAUACCGGCCAAGGCCAAAGAUGCUCCUGCAAAACUACCUCUCCCCGGCACGAUCGUGAUCCACGUCAAUUCCUCUCCACAUUGCCCCGCGCUCAUCAAGAUCUGCUGCGAGGAGCUCGUCUUCGUCGGCGGCGCCAAAUACGACUGGCCCCAAAAGUCCGUCACCAUUCGCUGCCGCACCCUCUCGCUCAUCCCCGACGCCGCUGGCACCCCCGUCGAGUUCAGUCUUGUCGGCGCCGACAGCGGUGACCCCCCGGGCAAGGCGGCGACCGCCGCCUCGCACCGUGAUAUGCGCGCCCAAACCCACCCCGACGCCUUCGCCUUCAAGUUCGCCAACGGCGACGGAUCGUCGCCGGGCUACUGGAUCGUCACCUUCGAUAUCGAAAAGCCGGGGAGCCGGCGCUUAGCGCAGGAGGGAGACGACGGGGAGAAGGACGUGCCCGGUCAGAAGAGCGGCGCGGCCGGGUGCUUCACCCUAUUCGCCGAGAAAGUCGACGCGUCCAUGACGUCCGCCGCCGGCUGCAUGUGGGAUUGGCGCAAGUUUCUCGAGCUCAUGGCCGGCAAGGACGAGGAACAGAUCAAGAAGGCCGAGCAGCUCAAGGCCUUCUGCGAGAAUUCGACGGCCGUCCCCACUAGGGCAUCCGAACCAAACCACAACCACCGGGAGGGCGAGAGGCUCUGGGAGCUCUAUAGCCCUCCAGUUGAUAGGCCGCCGCCCAAGGACUGGAAGGACCUGCGCCAGCCGAUGCCAAAGGUGGGUGAGGUCGCGUUCAAGGACGCUACGAGCGCGUCCCUGCAUCAAGCAUAUACCAACGAGGCGCUGUUUCUGCAAAAGAUCCACGGACGGUUGAGCUUCAAGCACUUCGUGUACGUCACGGCGCAGCCGUACGCGUGGGCGGACGAGGAGACCUUGGCCGCCGUAGCGCGCCUCAAGUCGUCAGGGGCCUGGACGAUGCGCAUCUUCGCCGACGCUGACGCAAAGGACGAAAGGCCCAUUCUCAAAGUCUUCAAACUCGCCUUUCAGACGCUGUUCCAGGCAUGCUCGGCGGAACCUCCGGCGGAAGCGUACCAGCAUUCCGUCUCUUAA